AUGCGCGAGGCACUUCACACUAACGCUCACCGCUUGGAGGCGGUCAACGCCGCAGUCGCCGCUGGCGUGACCACGGCCCUUGCCCAGGUCAGCGGCUGCCACCGCACAACGUUGUACCGCUGGAAGAAGCGGCGUGAAGAAAUUGCGGCAGCUGCUUCGUCCAGCACUGUGCUGAAGCCAGGUCGACGUGGACCCAAAGUCCGAUUCCCUGACCUCGAACAACGAUUGAUGGACUGGAUCGAAGAUAUGCGGUGUAACAAGGUUCGCGCCGUGACAACGCGGUGCUUGCUCAUGAUGAGCAUCAAGCUAGAGCAGCAGUUCCUUGAGGGGCGCUCUGAGGCUGCCGCUAUUCAGUAUCUCCGUCGCUCCCGAACGCGAAACCAGCUUUCGAUACGCCGCAUCACUCACAAGGGGCGUCGAAAGAGGUCGGAGGGAUACGAGAAAUACGAGCACCUUUUUAACAUGGACCAGACUUCAAUUUACGUGGACAUGAACCCCAAGAUGACGAUCACGGGGUGCAAGGUCGAGGCGGAAGUGCACAUGAACACUCUGCACAAGGAAGGCGAGGCCGUGUUAGCAGUGCAGAAGAAUGCAUAUUGCGAUGAGCGAGUCAUGUUGGAGAGGGUCAAGGAGGUAUGGAAGCCGUCAGUGACCUUCUGUCGUGUGCUCCUGUUGGGCAGCUUAAAGGUCCACAAGAUGAGCACCGUGCGUGCUCAGCUUGAGGACGCCAUGGCCGACGUGGAAUUCGUCCCGCCAGGCGCCACGACGCUGGCCCAGCCCAUGGACGUGGCCGUGAUGGCCGGCUUCAAGCGCGAGUGUCGUGAGCUGUACGCCCAACAGCACUGCGACAGCGGCCACAGUGCAACCCCGCGAGAGCGGCCCACCAGCAGCCCAACUUGA